ACAACAUCAUGUCGAGAGAAGACGCUGAUGUCUUGACCGCUGAGCAGAAGGAAGAGAGGAGAAGGCGGAAAGCAGAGAAGAAAGCCAAGAAGGCCGCGGCUGCGACCGUCGCUGCUAAUGACACUGCCAAGGUGGUCGCCAGCUCAGACGGACCUGUAGCCCCAGCGUCAGAGGGCAAGGUCAAGAAGCGGAAGAGAGAUCGUGGACGGGAUACAAAAGCUCACUCAGCUGCGACCAAUGGAAGUGAAGAAAAGAAGAAGAAGAAAAAGAGUAAGCAUUCCGUAGAGACGAACCUCAAGGUUCCGGACGAACUUCCUGUCGCUUCCUCAACAACUACCGUUGAGCAGCCUGUUCUAUCCAAGAAACAGCUGAAAAAACUUGCAAGAGCCCAAGAAGCAUCCUCUUCGGCAGCUCCAUCGUCUAAUAUCGCUACUCCCACCGCACAACCGCCCCCUAGCGUCUUCAGCACCGAGCACACCGCCUUCCUCAACGAGCAUGCCAUCACUCUCGAACCUCGUCUUUUCCCACCUCAGCUCUCGAUAGCUGAUCUUCCAAUCGAUGUGUCGUUCAGACCGUAUCUCUCACAAUUUACAAAACCCACACCGAUCCAAGCGUGUUCUUGGCCACCUCUGUUGGCAGGACGGGAUGUGGUAGGUAUCGCGGAGACUGGUUCUGGAAAGACUUUGGCUUUUGGAGUACCUGGAUUACAAAAACUAUGCAAGUUAUCAGAGGAAGGUAAGAAGGGUAAGGGACGGGUACAAAUGUUGGUUCUCGCCCCAACCAGGGAGUUGGCACAACAAUCACAUACCACCCUUCUGGCUUUGGGCGAGAAGGCGGGCGUGGGCAGUGUCUGUUUGUUUGGUGGAGUGGGCAAGGAUGAUCAACUUCGAGAACUGGGCAAGAAGACCACGAAAAUAGUCGUUGGUACUCCUGGUAGAGUACUCGACCUCGCCGAUUCGAAGGAGCUGGACUUCUCAGGGGUGACUUAUCUCGUGCUUGACGAAGCAGAUCGGAUGCUAGAUCAAGGUUUCGAAAAUGAUAUCCGUCGGAUCAUUGCUCAUUGUCCUGAGAACGCCCACAGACAGACUGUCAUGUUCUCUGCCACUUGGCCAGAAUCUGUUCGUCGCCUUGCUAGCACCUUCUUAAGAGAUCCAUUGAGGAUCACGGUGGGCAGUGACGAGCUUUCUGCAAACAAACGUAUUGAGCAGGUGGUGGAAGUUUUAGACAAUGGUUUCCAGAAAGACGCUCGGAUGUUACACCACCUCCGUGCUCAUCUAAAGGCACAUCCUUCAACCCUCAAAGCUCCCACUCGUAUACUUGUAUUUGCCUUGUACAAAAAAGAAGCUCAAAGAUUGGAAUCCACCCUCCGACGUAACGGCUACAACGUAGGUGCUUUGCACGGAGAUAUGGGUCAGGACGCACGAUUCAAGGCGCUUGAUAAGUUCAAAGAGGGAAAAGUAGAAAUCUUGGUGGCUACGGACGUGGCUGCUAGAGGGCUCGAUAUUCCCGAUGUGGGAUUAGUGUUGAAUGUGACUUUCCCUUUGACGACUGAGGACUUCGUUCAUCGAUGUGGUAGGACAGGACGAGCUGGCAAAUCUGGCAAGGCAGUGACAUUCUUCACUGGCGAAGCGCAUGAAAAGGCCUUGGCAGGGGAAUUCAUGCGUGUCUUGAGGGAUGUCGGGGCGGAGAUCCCCAAAGAGAUGGAUAGGUUUCCUUCGACAAUAAAGAAGAAGGAACACGGCUCUUAUGGUGCUUUUUACAAAGACAUCGGUAAUGCUCCACCACCGACUAAAAUCACGUUCGAUUAGACUGACAUCAUCUGUAUGCAUUUUUGCGUUUCUUUCCC